GAAAAAGAGCUACGCUGUGAAGAUGAAAAGGAAGUUUUUGUUGCAAAACAGAAAAUUGAAAAAUAUUUUAAAGCCUACGGCAAAUAUGAGAAGGAUGGGGCAAAAUUCCAGCUUGGCUUUGCAAAUAGUAUAAUGCUCACUAUAUCGGAGAGCGAAUGCCGACAUCCCAGGAUUUAUUGCCAAAUUAUUACAGAUGUAUUUGGCAAUGCAUUAAAGCCAGAAUGUGCUCCAAAGUAUUGGAUCAACUAUGUGAAUAACCUUACCAAUUUUCAUUACCAUCUUGUGUCAAAGAAACAAUAUGCAAUGGCAUCACAAAUAUACCACUAUAUAUGCGAAUUCCCUAAUUCGAAACUACAAAAUGACAAUGUUUGUAUGACUAUCGUUUACCUCUAUUGUACACAUCUGCAUUCACUUACUAAACGACCGGAGGCUCUUGGCGAACUUAUUAACGUAGUGGAAAAUCUGAAGAAUAUUUUUGAAGAAAUGUUGGAAAGAAACAAGACACAUAAUUUUCAAUACAAGGAUGUAUUGCGGAAAACAAUGAUGUACCUAUUUCCAAAUUCUACUUUGGCCAGACUCAACCAAUUAUUUAGCAAUUUGUCUAGAUGCAAAGUUGCUGAUAUGUUAAUAGCACUGUUUAAAUUGAAUGCAAAACAGAGAUUGCCAUUGCCACCAAUGGAAGAAAUUCGCGAGCACUGCCAAUACGUUAUUGAAACCUUGAGCAAAUUUUUUUUGUUCGACGUUGUAGAUAGCUUUCAGUCACAGCUUAGUUUAUACCUUCUGGAAUGUUCCUGCCAGGACAUCCGUUUACAAACGCAAAAAUCAAUAGCAGAAAUCUUUUUGCAACUCUAUGAAUAUUUGAAGCUUGUAUGUGCGAAAAAACCUAUUGAAGGUUUCGAAGCUGCCGUCACAAAGUGUUGUAACCGAUUUAAGGAAUUGUUUGAGAUGCAUUCCAAAAAUUUAAUGGAUCAUUCGUGGUUCAAGGACGUUCUGGUCUUUCUGAGCACCAUUCACACGCAAAUGCAAAAUACUGCUGUCUUUGCCAAUUUUUGGCGGCAAAUGACAAUGAUUUCGUCUUACAGUGCUCUACUUAAUUUGUUGCUGGAUAGUAUGAAGUUGGCUCCGUGCAUUUCGUCUGAAACCAAGUUAAACACAAUAACCUGUUGCCAAAGUCUUCGAAAACAUGUCAUUAUAAACUUUGCUAACACAGCACUGUCAACAUUUGUUUUGUAUUGUCAAAAUGUUAAGGACGAACCGACUGAAGAGCUUGUACAAAACGAUUUGGUUUUAAUUGAUAAACAGCAAGCUACAGACGGAUACAGCGUAUUGCUACAAAGCCCCUUACUAUUAAUAACUAGUCAUGCCUUCAAAGUAAUUGAUAAAAUGGAUUGCCUUAGUGAGACAUCACAGGAAAUUCAAACCCUUCUCUACCGUUUUAAGCAAGCUUCUGUUAGCGCUUGUACCGGAAAUCAAGCAAACACAUGUAUCAAGAUAUACGAAAAAUUUUUAAAAAUUAAAAAUAAAUUACCAGAAUCGGAGUGGCCUCUCCUUUUAAAGCGUCUAUACAAAGCAGUGGCUAAGUGUAUGGUAAAAAACCCCCAAAUAAUACGUGAAACACAAAUGUGCUAUAUAGCCUCACUCCUGCAAUUGCCAUCCGAAAUAGAUUUUUGCCAAAUUCGUGGUCAAAUCACCUUAUACUACAGGGAUUCGUUCACAGAGGAACAAAAGCAAAACGAAAACGGAGAAGGUCAAAUUUGUUCGACGGUGCCGCCGCAUGAACACUGUUUGGUUCACAUGUUGCAACAUAGCACAAAUACGUUGAGGCCUCAUUUGAAGGUAGCGCGUAAAAGACUUUUACACUGGUUUGAAGUGCAACACAUUGUGAAAUAUUAUAAGACUAACACAAACUUGAUGAAAUCGGUAAUAUUGUGCAGCCAAUCGUUUUAUGAUUUAGUAAUAACGACCCGAGCUACAAAGUUGCCAACGUCGGACGUGCCAAAAUUCAUUUCUAUACACAAGUAUUUGAGAGACAAGCUGGAUCUCAACCGUUUGGAACAAUUAACAUAUGGCCAUACAUGUACGAAGGUUUUACUAGAAUUCCAAAUGAGUCGAUCACAAAAGGGAUCGCUUGAAUCGCAGGAAUUUGCUGAAGAUCAACUAGAACGAUUGCUGAUGCACAAAGAAAUGGAAUCGUUGACUAUUUGCACUGAACUUCAAUAUGUAAAAUGGGCAUAUGAUGCGUAUGUGGCCUUUGAACAAUUCUUUCUUAAGUUUGAUGAGGAACAAAUAUCGAGCGAUGAGGCACUUAUUGAUUGGGAGGCAAUCAUUGAGGAUCUGGGGGCAGUGGCUCAAUUUUUGGAAAUGAGUAGUUAUACGGAAUAUGCUUCCCAUGUUUGGAUGCUGCAUUAUAAGAUAUCACAACUACUACUCGAUGACAUCUCUUCGCUAAAGGCUUUGACAUUUUUUUGUGAAAACUCUUCAUUUUAUGAAGAGAAUGAAAGGGAUAUAAAUCUGGAUAAAGAAAUUGAAUUACACCUACCCACUAUCACAAAUUCUUUGGAGAAUAUUGAAUCUUUACAUAGACGCAAGCAGAAUUUAAUAUUAUUGGUCACACUACAUGUGGGCUUCUAUUAUAUUCGUUGUUCCAAGUACACUUUUGGACAAAUGUUGCUGCAGUAUGUUGAGGAAAAACAUAAUGCCUUACCCGAUCGACUGGGAGCUUAUGAUUUAAUUACCGCUAAUUUAGAUGUGAUAAGGUAUAAGUUGUUGUGGAGGCAUUACCACCAUGCUGAAAAGGACCUUAGUAGCCAUGUUGUCAAAAAUGUGUUGCUAAAUCAAAGUCUGAUUGGAGAAAUUGAACAAAUUCUAGAGCGUAUGAAAAAAUUUGUCUGUGUUGCAAGCGAAGCACUGUCUUACCACAAACUAAUAUUCAACAUGGUUCAAGAUUUGGCUGAAUGCUCAGCAAAUAGACUAUAUGAAAAUGUUGUUAUUUCGUUGUAUGCAGCUGCAUGCAAGUGUGCCUUACUAAACAGUUUUGCUUUACGCAUGGCCCAGGUGAUGUCCACUUGGAUGCAUAUUAAUUUACAAAUGGAAUACAUUGAUAAUGCACAGACAAAACUGAAAAUUAUUGAAUACAUUAUGGGCAUAAAGAGUUUGAAAGAGUUGUGUGGGAAUUCCACACCAACAACAGCAUCAACUGCUCUUAAAUACUGCGAUAAGCCAUCUGAAAAUAUUAGCGAAGCAAUUCCUUAUAAUGCCGUGGGUAUGGAGGCUACGCGUCGACUGGUUCCAGUGCAAUUAUCUCCGAUAAAAACUGGAAAAUUACAAUUACGGCCAGACGCAGUGAAUACCAAUCUGAAGAGCUAUUUCAAAUAUAAAAUCGAUACCAAAACUCUACCAAACAAUGAGCUGCUUGGAUGGACAUAUUUUACAAUUGCAUGUUUAAAUGCUCGCCUAUACUUUUUGGUUGAAGACUAUGUUCAACUUGAGCCGUUCUAUGAAAAAGGAAGACAGUGGAUUAAAAUGCGAGAGAACAAUUUCAACAAAAUGUAUUUUAAAAACGUCGAACUUAUGGCUGUACAGCAUUUUGCAAAUUUCCUUAGAGCCAGUCGUCAGCAGAAGGCAGCGAUUGAAUGUCUCGAGUAUGGUGUAGAUCUUUGUGGGACUAAAAAGUUUGAUAUAGAUGUAGUUUUUCGCAUCAACUUUAGAUUGCAAAUGUUUGAGGCGCAACGGGAGUUGGACAGAACGAAGGAAACCAAACUCCCUUGUGACAUGUUCGAAAAAGCGUGGAAAUAUAAUAUGACUCCGGAAAAACUAAUAUACAAUCGUGAAAAAGUUAAAAGUUCUUUGAAAGAUCAAAUGAUGCAGCUAGCUAUGACCUCACAUAAGAAAAAUACUGCAGUCAGUGGAAGUUUAUCCACAAGAAAGAAUAAAACGCAAACAAGUAGAAGUAGCAGCUCCAGUCCCGAGGUAAAGGACCAACUAAACGAAAGACUUAAUUUUAGGAUAUGCGAAGAUAGCAUAGAAAUUAUAGACUCGGAUAGUGAAAGCGGGAAGUAUAAAAGCAAGGAGCAUUACACUCCGAAAAUUCCUAGAAAAACAUCGAAAACGUCUUCGACUAAAAAAUUGUCUAAACAAAUGAAUGCUCAACGCUAUGAAAACCAACUCUCAGAUUCGAAAGGUUUGCAAGAAUCUACUGUUUUUCCUACAGCACCUCUUAAAUCAAGCUCAAUAAGGGGGGCAGCCGUCUCAUCAUCUGCCGCGGUAGAAAAUUUUAAAGCUAAAGAAAAUAUACCCCAUAAUGAUGUGGACCUUUUAGUAAGAAUGAAAAACUUGGAACUAUCGGAUAAGCCAAAACAGAAAAAAGGUAAAAUAGUUUUAAGCAAAUCACCAAUGGAUAACAAAGCCGAUACGUCGGUAAUCAUGAUUGAAGAUUCACCAAUUAUAAGACCUGUGGAAAUGUCUGCAUCAAAACCCCGUGGUCGACCCAGGAAAAAUAAAUCGGUUGUCACUGAAGUUGUGAAGAUUGUCGAAUCAACGGCACGACCCACACGUAGACGUCGAAAUUUAGUUAAUGAAAAUCUUGAACUAAAUUGUUGCCCUUCUUCGAAUGAAGUCUUAAUUACGUCGAGCAGCAGUAGCACAUCCACGCCAAAAAUAACAUCAUCCGCGAUAAAAACCAAAAAGCGCCAGAAGAUAUAAAAAUUUGUUUUCAAUAUAUAUAAAUAAACGCAUUAAAUUAUUUAUCCUACUAGUAUUAAAUUUCAUUUGCCAUUACUAUCGAUCAUAUUCAAGAAGAUUAUAUUAAUUUUAAAGCUUAUUUUAAUAAGCAAUAUCUAUUUCAUGCCCUAUGUUCUCAAUUUAUUGAAUUGCAGCCGCUGAGAAUCUUAUGUAUUUUAUU